CAGUUGACGUUGGCGUGUCGUCGGUUUCAGUUUCAAACUUUCCCGAUUGAGCAGAACAAAAAUUGAAAAAUAAAUCCUAUUUACUAUAAAAUUGCGCGCUUGAAAUUCAGACUGUAUCUGUAUUUGUGUCUCACUGUAAACGUGUUUGUGAAGAAUACUAAAAGCUAACAACAUAAAUUGGCUGCACUGUUCUGCACCUUUAAUAAGUAUUAGCCAAAAAUCUCACGCGUCGAAAUGUCGCCGGCGGAUGACAAUUCCUUUGCCACAACAAGUGGCAACAAGAAGGCAACCUACACUCUGAUAUCCAUCAAAGUUGUGGAACUGUGUCUGUUGAUAUGUUGCCUGGGACUAAUAGAUGAGCCGGCUACCAACUCGCAUUUGCGUAUAUUCAUCACACCCAGGGUCAUGGCGCUGUGCUAUGUGACCUUUGGAGCACUGGCGAUUUACACGGCAAUCUAUUUGAUCAUGGCUCUGUUUGGAGAUCUAACACCUUGGCGCACCGCAACGCUGUGGUCUCUGGUGGGCUUUGUCCUUUUUGUGGCCGUGACGGCGCUGUUGUUCCGUGACUGGAGCACCACCAAGGAUCGCAAUUAUUGGCAUCCCAAUAUGCAUCGCCUGGAUCUGGUAAUGGCGUCCGCAUCCAUAUCGCUGGUCACCGCACUGGUCUACCUGCUGGACGUGCUGCUAACCAUUCGCUUUGGCGUGCACGGCGAUUUGGAAUGACAUGGCGUUGGACCGUUCCAGUCUCUGGCCUAGUGUGACUGUAAUAUUUACAGAGCUUAGACGUAAGCUUAACCCACUCCCAGCUAAUUGUAACAAUUGUUCAGAAGCACAUGUCAAAAUCUGUACCAUAUACAUCAUAAUUGCCAUCAUUGAAAGAUAAUGUACAAAACGAAUUGUAGGACAUUUUUAUAAGUCGAGAAAUAUGCGUUGAAGUUUCGCUUACAGCCCUUAGAAUACGAAUCACGAAAUCUUUUCUUUCUAAUCUACUUAACAUAAGUUUUUUUCACCGAAUAUUUUUGUAACAAAAGAAAUAAAUUUUCACCAAAAAACCAUAUGA